UAAAAAUGUAUAUCCCCGUGAAUGAGAUGUUAAGACAUUUUAAGUAAGAAAUUCCAACAAUGGGAAAUAUUACUAAUAAGAGUGAUUAAUGGAGUCCCUAUUAUGACAAUUCAGGAACUGUAUUAGGUAAAUUCAAUAAAUAAAUUCAAAAGCUGUGGGAAUUCCAGGAGCAGUAAUAGUAGCAGGAGAUACAAGAUUGAGCAAUGGAUAUAAUAUACUUUCUAGAGAUGCUACAAAAAUGGCUUAAUUGACAGAUAAAUGUGUUUUAGCCACAGCAGGCUAAUAUGCAGAUUUUAUUGCAUUGAGAAAAUUUCUUUAACAAAGAUUAUAAUUAUAUGAAUUUUAGAAUGAAGUUUAAGUAAGAAACAAUAUAAUAUAAAAAGGCUUCAACAGAGACUGUUGCUCAUUUAUUAUCAAGAGAAUUAUAUUCAAGAAGAUUCUUCCCAUAUUAUACUUUUAACUUAUUAGCUGGUUUAGAUGAAAACAAUCAUGGAUAUGUUUAUGGAUAUGAUGCUAUUGGUAGUUAUGAUAAAAUGACCUAUGGAGUUUAAGGAAGUGGUUAAGAAUUAGUUGUUGCUGUAUUAGAUAAUCAAUUAAAAGGAUAUAACAAAAUUAAUAAAACUAUUCCUUAAACAAAAGAAGAAAUAUUAGAUAUUAUUUUAGAUUGUUUCAGUUGUGCAGCUGAAAGAGAUAUUCAUACAGGAGAUAAUGUUGAAAUCUUUAUUAUUACACCUGCUGGAACAGAAAGAAUUGUUAAGCCUCUUAGAAAAGAUUGA